ACUGUUUCGCGUGGUGUGCUCUUUUUGGGUCUUGGAUCUGCCUAUUUUUGGGUUCUUGCCUUUAAAUAAGCUGAAAAAAAAAGAAGAAAGAUGGACGGCCUGGAGAAAACCCUUACAACACGGUGGGGCCUAAAGAGCUUUUCCACCGGCUAACUCCGCCAACGAACCUCAUACACAAGUUCUAAAGUCAAGACUCCAUCAAAUCUCAAUCGGAGGAAACCGGAUUCGAGAGAGACCAUGGCCAAUGUCUCUUAGAAGCCUUACGUUUGAAUUACUAAAACCUCUCUCAAUCCCAAAAAUCCUUCUCUCUGAAAACGCAUUCCAAAACUGUGAUGCCUUCCAACACCACAACAUACAGACACAGCAACUCCGAAAUCACACAUCUGCCCCGCCUCCCAAAAUCCUCGUUUUUCCCGCCAAUAACGUGACAACAGCAGCUGCAGGCGCUCUGGUCACCGACGUCAUUUCUCUAAACAAGACUAUUCGUUUUCAUCUCAGAAAUGGGGAUUUGGAUUCUGCACGCCAAGUGUUCGAGAAAAUGCCUGUGAAGACGAAUUUCUCUUGGAAUUUGAUCUUGACUGGGUACUCUAGGCCCGGGAAGCUGGAAGAAGCGCUGCAACUGUUUGAAAGAAUUCUUCAACCAGAUGUCUACUCCUUUAAUAUCAUGUUGGCCUGUUACUUUCAGAACUCCGAGGUUGUAAGUGCUCGUUAUCUGUUCGAUAGAAUGCCCGUAAGAGAUUCGGCAUCUUGGAAUACGAUGAUAUCCGGCCUCUGUCAGAAUGGAAAGAUGCUGGAGGCUCAGGAGGUCUUUUCGGCCAUGCCACAGAAAAAUGAUGUUGCUUGGAGUGCUAUGAUUUCGGGGCAUGUCCAAAGUGGCGAUUUGGGUUUAGCAGUGGGUUUGUUCCAUCAAGCACCGAUCUCAGAAAAGGGGGUGUUUUCAUGGACAGCAAUGAUCACGGGAUUCAUGAGCUUUGGCAAAGUUGAAUCAGCGCGGGAACUGUUUGAUGAAAUGCCUGAGAGGAACUUGGUGACAUGGAAUUCCAUGGUGGCAGGUUAUGUCAAGAAUUGCCGAGCAGAGGAUGCGCUGAAACUUUUUAGGAUGAUGUUGGAAAUGGGCAUGAGGCCCAACCAGUCGACCUUUAGCAGCGCUUUGUUGGGUUGUAGUGAUUUGUCCGCUUUAGAAUUGGGGAAGCAGAUUCAUCAGUUUAUCAGCAAAUUGCCAUUGCAUCUUGAUACCACAUGUGGGACUUCACUGCUGAGCAUGUAUUGCAAAUGCGGAGAUUUGGAUGAUGCGCGCAAGUUGUUCGAUGAGAUGCCCAGGAGAGAUGUUGUCACGUGGAACGCAAUGAUUUCUGGCUAUGCUCAACAUGGCUUUGGAGAGAAAGCGAUUCAAUUGUUUGAUGAGAUGAGAAAUGAGAGAAGGAAGCCAAAUUGGAUUACUUUUGUCGGGGUUUUAUUAGCCUGUAAUCAUGCAGGAUUAGUGGAACUUGGAAUUAGGUAUUUUGAUUCUAUGGAAAAGGAUUACAAAGUUGAGGCUAGGCCAGAUCACUUCACCUGUAUGGUUGAUCUGCUUGGUAGAGCUGGCUUGCUAGCCGAAGCGGUUGAUUUGAUCCAUAAAAUGCCUUUUGAGCCUCACUCGGCCAUCUUCGGGACCCUUUUGGGUGCAUGCAGAAUCCACAAAAACUUAGAAUUGGCUGAAUUUGCAGCACAUAAGCUGCUCAACUUGGAUCCCUCGAGUGCAGCUGGUUAUGUCCAACUAGCCAAUGUUUAUGCAGCAAUGAACCGGUGGGACGAUGUUGCGAGGGUCCGCCAGUCGAUGAAAGAGAAGAAGGUUGUGAAAAUGCCUGGGUACAGUUGGAUCGAGGUGAAAAGCUUGGUUCAUGAGUUCAGAUCAGGAGAUCGAAUUCACCCCCAGUUGGCUUCUAUUGAAAAGAAGUUACAUGAGCUAGAAAAGAGCAUGAAGGCUGCUGGAUAUGUGCCGGAUCUCGAUUGCGCAUUGCAUGAUCUGGAGGAGGAACGGAAGGAGUUGAUUCUAUCAAGGCACAGCGAGAAGUUAGCUAUUGCUUUUGGGUUGAUCAGCACUCCUCCGGGGACUCAAAUUCGGGUGUUUAAGAACCUUAGAGUCUGCAGAGAUUGCCACAAUGCUGCCAAGUUCAUCUCUGCAAUUGAAGGAAGAGAAAUAAUCGUUAGGGAUACCACUCGGUUUCAUCAUUUCAGUAAUGGAAAGUGCUCUUGCGGGGACUACUGGUGAUCGAUCCACACCAAAAACUGCAGUUCUCAUAAGCAGUGUGGCUGGUUUUCCUGACUGGAAAGCAAAAGAGCUGGUUUUAGAGAGUUUUCAUUCACUGCCCUUGUUCGCUUGCGAGCUCUGGAACUGCUUUUUGUGACCAUUUGGAAUUGAGUGGCUGUCAGUCGAGGGAAAGUGGAAGAGAUUCAUGAAAGCUGGGCCAGUGAAACUUUCAAAUUCAUGAGAGAAUUUUUCGUGGAAGCUCCGACCUCUUGUAGGGAGCUAUGGCUUGAUAGGAAGGGGCAGAUAUUUGAAGACGAAACCUUCAUGGUUGCGGAAGGUUGCUGAGAAAAUCAAGAUGGAUAUGGUUUUAUGCUCUAGUUAAAAGGGGUGCUUUCCAAUGGUACUGGUGGCACUGGGCUGAUUUGGGGCCUGCACGAUGUGGGGUGGUAGAUGUUACCUUCAGGUCAUAAAAUUCUGGCUGAUCCAUGAGUCAGGUGGGCCCCACCACAGGGAACUAGUUGAAGAGGAGACGCCCACCAUUGAUUUACAUGGGGUCCAACUUUGUUGUUUAUAUGGAAUUCAGGCCAUUUUCUUUUUCACCAUAGGAGAAACGGUAUGGAUGGUCCCAACGGGACUCGGAUUCGGUAGUGACCCCCUCCAGUCCCGUUGGUGCUGGAAAAGAUCUGUGGCCCCACCAUGAUUUAUAUGUUUUAAUCACACUGUCCAUCCAUUUAGCCUAGUCAUUUUAGGGUAUGAGCCCAAAAUUGAAGCAGAUGCAAAUCUGAGCCCAAAAUGAUUUACUUCCUUUUUCAUAAUUGUCAAUGAUAAGAAAAUCAGAUCCUUUCAUGCC